AUGAGUUCAAUUGAAGAAAGUACUAAACCUGACACCAUAUCUGAGGCUCUCAGUCAACCUCAUUGGAAGCAUUCCAUGAAUAUUGAAUAUGAGUCUCUAAUGAAGAAUCAUACAUGGGAUCUUUUUGAUCUACCUCCAAGAAAGAAACCCAUAGGCUGCAAAUGGGUCUUCAAAACAGAGUAUAAGGCAGAUGGAUCCAUCGACAAGUAUAAGGUGUGUCUUGUUGCAAAAGGAUAUGCUCAGCAAGAGGGUAUUGAUUUUGAAGAAACCUUUGCACCCACUGCAAAGAUUAAAACUAUUCGAGUGGUAUGUGCUCUUGCUGCACAACAAGGAUGGAAGCUUCAUUAG